AUGACUUCCUUUAUCCCUACGGUUAACGCGCGAUCAAGGGGGGCGUUUAAACCCCGCGCAGCGAACAAAGGGACUACAAAUUAUCAGUUGAAGCAAUUUGCGGAAGCGACGCUGGGUAGUCGAAGUUUACGAAAAGCCGUCAAGUUACCCGAAGGCGAGGACUUGAACGAAUGGCUGGCGGUGAAUCUGGUCGAUUUCUACAACCAAAUCAAUCUGCUAUAUGGGGCUAUCACCGAGUUUUGCUCUCCCCAGACCUGCCCUGAGAUGAAGGCCACGGAUGAAUUUGAAUAUCUGUGGCAGGACUCGGAGAAUUACAAACGCCCAACCAAAAUGUCAGCUCCACAAUAUGUAGAGCAUCUGAUGUCUUGGGUGCAGAGCAACAUCGACAACGAACAAAUGUUUCCAAGUCGAAUUGGCGUUCCGUUUCCAAAGACCUUUCCAAGUCUCUUGCGCCAGCUUUUCAAACGCCUGUAUCGAGUGUAUGCCCACAUAUACUGUCAUCAUUAUCCAGUUAUUGUGCAUCUUGGACUAGAACCGCACUUAAAUACAAGUUUCAAGCAUUAUGUGCUGUUUGUCGACGAACACAGUCUGGCUAACGGAAAAGAUUUCUGGGGUCCACUGGGAGACCUGGUGGAUAGUAUGCUGCGCAGCGAUUAA